UUGUGUGUCUGCAAAUAUUGACUCAAAUCAGGCAAGUCGUUGAGCCGUGCACGUACCUCCGCCUUCCCGCCCUUCCCGGCCAAUGAGCGGGCGGCGCCACAAAGGGGAGGGGCGUCCCUGCACAAGCCCCUGUGAUGGGUGUGCUCUCGCGCCAGUGGGAGGAGUCGAGGUGAGUAAAAUGUUGGGCGGACAGGUAGAAGGUCACCAGUCCCGCGACCGUGAGGGAAGGUAGUGUGUGUCCUGCCGGUGUGUGACGCUUCCGUUCCUUCCGCACCAGUGAGCACGAACACGAUGGUGAACCUUGGCUGUGGCGGUACGUACCGAGCAAGCACCAGCAACAUGGAUUCCGGCGCGCCCCUGAAACACUCCUUUUCUAUCAGCUCCCUGCUGUCCGAGGCUGUCCUCAGUGCUGCUCCUGAAGAAACGGCGGAGCAACCAGUCAGGGACGACGACCUCAGUCUGCAGGACUUUGAGAUGACAGCGGCGGGAGACGAGGAGGAGGAGGACAUUGACGUGACGGGCGCUGGCAGUCCCCCAGCUGCUGUUAUGUCUGACUCUGAGCCAGAGGAGGCAGAGAAGGGAGAAGAAAAGGAGACCAAAAAGAAGGAAGGAGAAGAAAAGAAGAAGCAUGAGAAGCCGCACUUCAGUUACAAUGCUCUCAUCAUGAUGGCCAUCAGGUCCUCCCCCGAGAAACGCCUCACGCUCAGCGGCAUCUACGAGUUCAUCAUGAAGAACUUUCCGUACUACCGCGAGAAUAAGCAGGGCUGGCAGAACUCCAUCCGCCACAACCUGAGCCUCAACAAGUGUUUCGUGAAGGUGCCGCGCCACUACGAUGAUCCCGGAAAGGGCAACUACUGGAUGCUCGACCCCUCGGCCGACGACGUCUUCAUCGGCGGCACCACGGGCAAGCUGCGGCGUCGCUCCACCGCCGCCUCCAGGAACAGACUUGCUGCCUUCAAGCAGUCCCUCCUUGCACGCUUCGGCUGCUACUCUCCUCUGGGUCUGGCGCCGUACGCGGCAGCGGCGGCGGCUGCUGGAUUUGGGGGGCCCAUGAGCUCCCUGCCUGGAGCGCUUACAUCUGGCCUCGCCUCCUCCACGCUCUACCAGCAGGCGUCUGCAGCGGCCGCAGCUGCAGCUCUGUACCGCGGAUACCCACCUACCUACUACCCCGGCCUGCUACACGCCAGCCACAUGAGUCCAGGGGCACCUCCUCCUGGGCCACCGCCACCCACAGGUCUGCCCAAGACAACUACCCUCAGUCCACCCCCCCAGCAGCCUCCCGCCGCUUUCAGCGUCGACCACCUGCUUUCUGAUGCCGCCCAUCCAUCAGGUGCCCCGCCGAGGGGCCUGCUGGCGGGCCUGGGCGGCCUGUCAUCUCAAGCCCACCACGACGCGUAUCGGAACUCCCUCCUGGCGCAGGUGGGGGAAGCCGGACGCCGCUCAAACCUCCAUCGGCCCGUCACGGUGGUAGGCGGUAGGCCCAGCUAACUCUUGCUUUUCUCCCCGCCCGGACGCUCACACCUACGGAACGUCCCCGGCGACCCCCGCACCCCGUCCACCCAUCCGCCCACAACACGCAGCCCUUAUGUCCUCACACCUCCUGUUGGUCGCCAUCCUUUAACACCACCACCACCGUCUUCGCUGCCGUUACCACCACCACGCCCUCCGCUCUGUGGGGCCACAAGGGCAGCGUCCACCUCCUAUCUCCUCUGGUGGGUCAAGGCGCCUCUCCGCAGCCUGACGGAGGGCCUUGCUGUACCUGGACCCAAUUCCUCGAAACCUUCCGUCUUAUCGCCGGCCUCUCGUCGCCCUCCCCAGCAAGGCGACGUCCAGAGUCCCUACCAUGCAGUUCCUCCUCAAGUGUACCUUCACGUGGUGGCACAGGAUGCUGCUGCCUGGCCGGCUUCACGUCCCUCAGGCGGCCCCUCCACAUCAAAUUGUGCACCCUGUGUUCCCCAAACCUCUCAUGUGCGCCAGGCAGACACUCCUGCUCCGUGCCGUACGUCGCGCUCGAUUCCCGCUACAGUUAAAGUCUCCGGGGCUGCUCAUUGGCGGGCCUCGCUCGGGGUCGCUGUGGCGUGGAGGCAAUGACUAGACGGUCGAUUAAACUGUGUGUCCGCUGAGCCCCUGUACUUAACGCCCUCCCGCGCUCCAUACAUACUGUACUACGUGUCCGCCCUCAGUGCUCCGCGUGGCUUACUUCCCUCCUCAUCCAUCUCCCCUUCCUUCUCCUCACAGAGACAAAUGUAUAUGAUGGCGAUGUAUAAUAAUUCCUGUAUAUAAUCGUAUAGGCAAGCAAUGACGGUCGAAGGCUGCCUACUCUUAUAUAGCAUGUAGUAUUAUUAUUAUCAUUACAUCCCAGACCAAAGAUACCAGAUGAUUAUUUGUUGCCGCUUGUUGUAUUUUUGUAAUAAAACAUAUAUGGUAUUUA